UCUCCUCCUCCUCCUCCUCCUCCUCCUCCACUGGACCAACAAAACAACUCUUCGCCAUCAUCCCCAACCUCUCCGCCUUCUCUCUAUAUAAGCUAAACCCUUCUCUCUCUUCCUUUCCAGUUUCCAAUUCUCGAUCGUCUCUCUCUCUCUCUUCCUCUAAAUAGUUGUCGGAGCCUCGCUGCAAUGGCAGGCGCGGCCGUGGCCUCGCCCCUCGGCUCGUGGAUUGCCACGGCGGCGUCGGUGUCCUCCUCAGCCUGCGACCAGGAUCGCCUCGCCAGGUCUCAUCGGAGGAGGCCGGUGGCGAUCUCCUCCCACUCCCCCCUACGAGGAUCGAAGAUCCAGGCCAUUUCUAGCUCCUUCGACCCGUGUUUAUGCGACUUCCGCUCCUCCGGCGUCGCUGCCCUUCGUGCCGAUAGCCGCAUCUCGCUUCUCUUUGGAUUUCAGAGAGUCGAAUGCUACCCAGCGCCGCGAAGAGCCGCCCGCCACCCCGCCGCUGCAUCUGGAAAAACAAUGGCUGUUGCCUUGGAACCAACUAAGGAACUUGGCGAGAAGAAAAGUAAGCAUAUGAAACAAAGGAGGGUUGUUGUGACAGGUAUGGGCGUGGUUAGUCCUCUAGGCCAUGAUCUAGACGUCUUCUACAAUAACCUUCUUGAAGGCAUUAGUGGCAUAAGUGAGAUUGACACAUUUGAUUGCUCCAAUUAUCCCACGAGAAUUGCAGGGGAAAUCAAAUCCUUUUCUGCAGAAGGGUGGGUGGCUCCCAAGUUUUCAAGAAGGAUGGACAAGUUCAUGCUCUAUUUACUUACUGCAGGGAAAAAAGCCCUAGAGGAUGGUGGAGUCACAGAAGAGGUCAUGAACCAGUUUGAGAAAACAAGAUGUGGUGUGCUGAUUGGGUCUGCAAUGGGUGGAAUGAAAGUUUUUAAUGAUGCAAUUGAGGCUUUGAGAGUCUCGUACAAGAAGAUGAACCCAUUCUGUGUACCUUUUGCAACUACAAACAUGGGAUCUGCCAUGCUUGCGAUGGAUCUGGGAUGGAUGGGUCCUAAUUAUUCAAUUUCUACUGCUUGUGCAACUAGCAACUUCUGCAUUCUAAAUGCAGCAAAUCAUAUUAUACGAGGUGAAGCAGAUGUGAUGCUUUGUGGUGGAUCUGAUUCUGCCAUCAUACCUAUUGGGAUAGGUGGUUUUGUAGCAUGCAAAGCACUUUCUCAAAGAAAUACUGAUCCGACUAAAGCCUCACGCCCUUGGGAUGUUGAUCGUGAUGGAUUUGUUAUGGGGGAAGGGGCUGGUGUGCUACUUCUGGAAGAACUAGACCAUGCUAAGCAAAGAGGAGCAAAAAUCUAUGCUGAGUUUUUAGGUGGAAGCUUCACUUGUGAUGCAUACCACAUGACAGAGCCACAUCCUGAAGGUACUGGUAUUAUUCUUUGCAUAGAGAAGGCACUAUCAGAAUCAGGAGUAUCCAGAGAGGAUGUUAACUACAUAAAUGCUCAUGCAACAUCUACACCAGCUGGUGAUUUAAAAGAAUAUGAAGCUCUUAUCCGAUGUUUUGGAAAGAACCCUAAGCUGAGAGUGAACUCAACAAAGUCUAUGACUGGUCACCUGUUAGGCGCUGCUGGUGCAGUGGAAGCAGUUGCUGUUGUACAGACUAUUCGAACAGGUUGGGUUCAUCCAAACAUUAAUCUGGACAAUCCUGAGAAAAGCGUGGACACGAAUUUGCUAGUGGGGUCAAAAAAGGAGAGAUUAGAUGUGAAGGUAGCACUAUCUAAUUCCUUCGGCUUUGGCGGGCACAACUCAUCCAUCCUGUUCGCUCCCUACAAGUAAUCAUAACUCAUGGCUUAAAGCAAAUGUUCUAAAAAGUCUGAUUAAUAUCCUCAUAUAUUUUCUGCACUGUAGGUGCAUUCUCGUUUUUGAUAUUGUUUUGAAGUAAUAUAUAUGCUGGGUUCAUCUU